AUGCCCGCGGACGCCACCGCUGCCGGCCAGGCCAAAACCGGAAAACGCCCGGGCUCCAGGCGGGGCGAGGCGGGGCGAGGCGGAGGGCAGCCAAGCGCGGGGGAGAGUGGAGAUGCCGCCGACGGCUGUCGGGAGGCUCGCUGGGACGUCGGCAAGGUGGCGGCCCCGGUGUGUGAAGCGGCGGGCAGAGCACACGCGAGGUCGGCCAGGAGGAGGAGCUGGGAGGAGAGCGAGCGGCGUCAUGGCGAUCUCGUCGGCGAGCGACAGGAGGACGACGACGAGCUGAGCCGGAGGAGGGCGAGGCGUCCACGUUACUUUAAGUGCAAAACAGAGAAAAACGCACACACCUGCACAAGCACGGGCUCUCCUCCUCGCGUACGGGUACGGCGCCGCCGCCGCCGCCGUCUUGCGCUGCCGCGCGGAGCGGAGGCCGUGAUGGCGAGGCGGCCCUACCUCCGGCAGCGCUCCUCCCGGACCAGACCCAACCCCCGCACCACCAGCUUGACCUCCUAUUUCCUUCCCAACGCCCGGCACAGCCCGCCCUCCUCUCCGACUUCUGUCAUGGAGAACCCUCCUCUCCGACUUUCGGCCUCUCCCGGACCUCUGGCCGGUGCUGCAGGACGUACACAAUACCUGCCCUCCAUGCCAUUGCAACUUGCAGGCGCGAAGUCCAUCGCCUUGUCUAUAUCCAGCGGCCAUCUACACGGCUGCACGCCAACUGUUCGGUCAAUUGACCCAACAGACAGGAGAGAAUGGAGAGAAAGAGGAGAUGUUGUCUUCAGCACGAUACUGAACUAUUGAACCAACAUGAAGAUGAGUGUAUCCUGCAAGAGGAGAUCCUGGCCACCGUCCUGUGCCUCGGCGACCAGUAUGACCACGUCCUCACAUGCCUCCUCCUGGCUGAUCCGUUGCCAGCAACUGUCAUCUUCCCAAAAUUUAAAUGGACAUUUGGAUAUUCUUAAUUUUCUUUCUUCUGAAAUGAACAUAGCUGUGAGUUUUUUCUUGGGUGGAAUCAAAUUCUGAUGGAAUUUACAAUAUACUUUGUAUUGGCUCUUACACAUCUCGACGACCCACAUCGAGCGCUAAAUCCAGGAAAACAGUCCCGCCCCGCUGCCGCUCCCCAUCGGUCAGCCUUUUUGUUUCUCAUUCAGAGCUCAGGAGUUCAGUAAUAUGAAUUUAUUAUGUGGCUAAUUUUCCAUAUGAUUUUAUUGCUCUUGAAGGGGAUUAGAAGCUGCCUCACUGGCUAGAAUCACAAAGUAUUAAUUUUUCUUUUGGAUAUGGGCAUAUUGCUAUCGGGAUGUUAGAAAGAGAGAACAUAAUAACAGAGAUGUACAGUUUUGAA